AUGGUGAACCAAGUCGCUGGCUCCAAGGUGCUCCUCCUGGGCUCUGGUUUUGUGACCAAGCCCACCGUUGACAUUCUCGACCAGGCUGGCGUUGAAGUGACUGUUGCUGCCAGACGUCUCGAAGGCGCCCAGAAUCUCGCUGCUGGCGGAAAGCACACCAAGGCCAUCUCUCUCGACGUCACCGACGACGCGGCGCUCGACAGGGAACUCGCAAAGGUCGAUCUCGUCAUCUCCCUCAUUCCAUACACCUUCCACGCCCAGGUCAUCAAGGGCGCUAUCCGCACAAAGAAGAAUGUCGUGACGACGUCGUAUGUUUCUCCCGCUAUGCAGGAGCUGGAGGAAGAGGCCAAGAAGGCCGGCAUUACCGUCAUGAACGAGAUUGGCUUGGAUCCGGGUCUGGACCACCUUUACGCCGUUAAAACCAUCUCAGAGGUUCACAACGCCGGAGGCAAGAUCAUCUCAUUCCUGUCCUACUGCGGUGGGCUUCCAUCCCCCGAGGACUCGGACAACCCUCUGGGAUACAAGUUCUCCUGGUCUAGCCGAGGUGUGCUGCUCGCCCUCGGAAAUGCCGCCAAGUACUACAAGGACGGAGCCGAGUUCAGUGUGACCGGAAGCGAGCUCAUGGGCGAGGCCAAGCCCUACUUCAUCUACCCCGGAUACGCCUUUGUGGCCUACCCCAACCGCGACUCGACGCCAUACCUCGAGCGUUACUCGAUUCCUGAAGCCCAGACAGUCGUCCGCGGCACACUCCGAUACCAGGGAUUCCCACGCAUGAUCAAGACGCUCGUCGACAUUGGCUUCCUCAACGAGACUGAGCGCGACUUCCUCAAGACGCCCAUUCCCUGGCGCGAAGCCACCAAGCAGAUCCUCGGUGCCGCCUCGAGCAAGGAAGCCGACCUGAUCUCGGCCAUCUCGUCCAAGACCAAGUUUGUCGACAACGAGGAGCGCGACCGCAUCCUGGCGGGAUUGCGCUGGAUCGGCAUCUUCUCCGACGACGCCAUCACGCCGCGCAACAACAACGCGCUCGAUACGUUGUGCGCCACGCUCGAGCAGAAGAUGCAGUACGGGCCCACGGAGCGCGACAUGGUCAUGCUGCAGCACAAGUUUGAGAUCGAGAACAAGGACGGCUCGCGCGAGACCCGCACCAGCACCCUGGUUGAGUACGGUGACCCCAAGGGCUACUCUGCCAUGGCCAAGCUGGUCGGCGUGCCUUGCGGUGUCGCCGUCAAGAUGGUUCUUGACGGAACUAUCAGCAAGAAGGGUAUUCUGGCUCCCAUGACCAUGGAUAUCUGCGCCCCUUUGAUCAAGACUCUCAAGGAGGACUAUGGUAUCGAGCUGAUUGAAAAGACCCUCUAA